AUGAAGGUUUCAAAUCGAAUGUUCACAAUCGGCUUAAUCUCAUCAUGGUACACAUCAAACAUUGGUGUACUAUUACUCAACAAGUAUCUCCUAAGCAACUACGGAUUCAAGUACCCAAUCUUCUUAACCAUGUGUCACAUGACUGCUUGUUCGUUGUUCAGCUACGUUGCAAUUGCGUGGCUUAAAAUGGUUCCAAUGCAAACCAUUCGUUCGCGGCUUCAGUUUUUCAAGAUCGCUACUCUGAGUUUGGUUUUCUGUGUUUCUGUUGUUUUUGGGAAUGUGUCGUUGAGGUAUCUUCCUGUGUCGUUUACGCAAGCUGUCGGUGCUACUACGCCUUUUUUUACUGCCGUUUUUGCUUACUUUAUGACGUUUAAAAGAGAGGCGUGGCUUACUUAUCUUGCGCUUCUUCCUGUUGUUACUGGUGUCAUCUUUGCUAGUGGGGGUGAACCAAGCUUUCAUUUGUUUGGGUUCAUAAUAUGUGUUGCAGCUACAGCGGCACGAGCCCUAAAAUCAGUGUUGCAAGGAAUUUUACUUUCUUCUGAAGGAGAGAAGCUAAACUCUAUGAACCUUCUCCUUUACAUGGCUCCAAUGGCUGUUGUUUUCCUUCUUCCCGCUACACUUUAUAUGGAAGAAAAUGUGGUUGGCAUCACAUUGGCUCUUGCCAGAGAUGAUGUGAAGAUCAUUUGGUAUCUUCUGUUUAAUUCCUCACUUGCAUAUUGUGUCAACUUGACCAAUUUCUUGGUCACAAAGCACACCAGUGCUCUCACCCUUCAGGUACUCGGGAAUGCUAAAGGUGCUGUAGCAGUUGUAGUUUCGAUUCUGAUAUUUAGAAAUCCAGUUUCAGUCACUGGAAUGAUGGGGUAUUCACUUACAGUCCUCGGAGUUGUUCUUUACAGUGAAGCCAAAAAGCGAAGCAAGUGA